CUCGAGACGCAGCGACUGAGCGAGGAGCUCGCGCGUCUCGCUUCGGGGAUUUAUCCGGUUUUUAUUAAUUUAUUUAUUUAUUUCACCUCUGUUGGACUUCAAACAAGACAGCGCAGUUUAUCUCCUCUCUGGUGACAGUUACAAGUUCAAGCUGCUCCAGUGAUAACUGUUUCACCUGCACCGGCUUUAAUGUGUUUUAUGUGUUUGCGCUCAACAGUGAGGUAGACUUAUUAUUUUUUUUAUUUUUUGGAGGUAUUUUCUCGGCGUGUGAUUUAUCCGGUGGAUGCGGCCGUCGGGGGUCGAUGUCUGAGCCCUGCAGGAUCAGCCUGUCAUAGGGCAUCAUGGUUUCUGCGCUUCUUCUUCACGAGGGUACGAGGAAUAUUUCUCCUGAGAUGCUGCUGCUGGUGCCGAUAUUGUGCUUCUUGCCUCUGACUGGAGCGGCUCCUUCUGUGACUACCGAGCAGCUGGACAUGGGGGUGGACUGGCUGAGUAAGUUCGGCUACCUCCCGCCCCCUGACCCUGUGACCGGCCAACUCCAGACCAAGGAGGCCCUGACCAAGGCCAUCAAAGCCAUGCAGAAGUUCGGAGGCCUCAAGGAGACCGGCGUCUUUGACCAAGCCACGCUAGGCCUAAUGAAAACACCCAGAUGUUCCCUGCCAGAUGUGUCCGAGGCCGAGGCCACAGUGGGGCGCAGGAAACGGAGCCUGAACCCUCAGAACAAAUGGAAUAAGAGGCACCUGUCCUGGAGGGUGAGGACCUUUCCCAAGGAUUCGGCUCUACUGGGCAGGGACACCGUCCGAGCCCUGAUGUACUACGCCCUGAAGGUCUGGAGCGACAUCGCGCCGCUGAACUUCCACGAGGUGGCCGGCAGUGACGCCGACAUUCAAAUCGACUUCACCAAGGCCGACCACAACGACGGGUAUCCCUUCGACGGGCCGGGGGGAACGGUGGCGCACGCCUUUUUCCCCGGGGAGAGGUUCACAGCGGGAGACACGCACUUUGAUGACGACGAGGCCUGGACCUUCAGAUCUCCAGAGUCUCACGGGAUGGAUCUGUUUGCAGUUGCGGUCCAUGAGUUCGGUCACGCCAUCGGCCUGGUCCACACGUCGGCCAUGGAGUCCAUCAUGAGGCCGUACUACCAGGGUCCUGUGGGAGACCCUCUGAAAUAUGAUCUGCCCUAUGAGGACAAAGUCCGUGUGUGGCAGCUCUAUGGUGUCAGAGACUCUGUGUCCCACACAAAUCCACCGGGCGACACAUCCCAGACAGCUGAGCCUCCUGUCCUGCUGGACCUUCCUGACAACAGGUCCACACUCCUGCUGGCGCGUGAUGCCCCAGACAGAUGUACCACGCACUUUGAUGCCGUGGCCCAAAUACGAGGAGAGGCCUUCUUUUUCAAAGGGAAGUACUUCUGGCGACUAACACGAGAGAAGCACCUGGUGUCUCUUCGUCCGGCUCAGAUUCAUCGUUUCUGGAGGGGCCUCCCCCCCAAUCUGGACAGUGUGGACGCAGUGUAUGAGAGGCCCGGGGACCACAAAAUAGUCUUUUUCAAAGGUUUAAAGUACUGGGUGUUUAAAGACAAUAACGUCGAAGAGGGUUACCCUCGUCCAAUCAGUGACUUUGGCCUGCCGGUGGAAGCGGUGGAUGCAGCCUUUGUUUGGCUCCACAACGACAAAACCUACUUCUUCAAGGACAACCACUACUGGCGCUACGAUGACCACUUGAGACGCAUGGACCUGGGCUACCCGAAAGACAGCACGCUUUGGAAAGGGCUGCCAACAAACCUGGAUGACGGCAUGAGGUGGUCCGAUGGCUCGUCCUAUUUCUUCAAGGGAAAGGAGUACUGGCGAGUGCCGGGCAGCGACAUGGAGGCGGAGGCGGGAUACCCCCGCCUCAUCGCCAAGGACUGGCUGCUGUGCACCGAGAUGCAGUCGGACUCUCCGGACACGGAUCAGAAAAGCACAGAGACGCGAGUCAACGUGCACCAUCACCCGGACCACGCGGAGAACGGGUACGAGGUGUGCUCCUGCACCUCUGACACGGCCUCGCCCUUGGGCGCCCGCCUCUCUCCGUCUCCCGUUUGGCUGCUGCCUCCUCUCUGGACGCUCACGCUGACCCUCCGCUCCGAACUGCUAUGAUGCUAAAGCAAAGUUCUCGAGCUGAGUGCGAGAGAGACAGAGACUCCUUGCUGGAGGGUCAGAGGACGCUCAGCCUAAAUACAAACUGGAAAGUUUUGUUCAUAUAAAUAUCAAUUGGUAUGUUUUUGCUAUUAUUUUUCUGCUAUUUAUUUCACAUGCCAUCUGAUGGUCAUCUUAAGCGCCUUGCAGUAUGGGUAGCACAUGUACCCUUGUCAUCCGGUCAAUUUAGGAUACAUCUGGAAGAAAUGGGUGCACCAUACAAGUUCAGUUACACAGAACCACAAGUUUAUAUCUCUUACUUUUUUUUUUCUUUCUGAAUAGCUAAACUGCAUCAUAUCCUAUCGGACGGCUAACUCAGUGGAACUCAUCAAACACAUGUUCACACGAAAGACAGCGGUAAACAAACAGAACCAAUGGUUAAGGCAGUUUACGUGUAAAAACGAUUACGGCAACAAUGGAUGUAGGGAGGAAGUUGUGCAGCAUCCUUAAAGUGGCAGUGUCAAAGAUUUAAGUCCGUGUUGAUUUGGCGACACUGGUGGUGACUGCUGCUGUGGUUUAUACUAUUCUCCAGGGUCCGCGAAGCAAACUAUUAUUGUUUUAAGAAAGAAAUAGGAGUCUGCAGCUCUUCAUCUAACGGCUCACUGCGACUGCACCGUCAUAUUCCAUUACUCCCCUCAGAUUUGCCCGAUGUGCAUACGAAAUGACAGAAACAUUGUCACUGUCCCAUAAAACAAACAAAACACAUCACAUUUCCUGUGUUUUUUCGUGAAAGGUUUUUAAAGCUGCAGCAGAGUCUGGACCCGCCAGCUGUUGAGCAUUAAGCCUCCCGCGUUUACAUCCAGAUAUCUGUUAAUUGCAUUAUCAAUCACUCGACGCAGCGUUUUGUCUGGGAAUGUAAGACACUCAGCUCAUAAUCGUACAGAUUUGUGAUAAUUGCUUGUUAUAUCAUUUGUUCGUUAUCUCAGUGACCACUGUGUUACCUGAUCUGGCGGUAAGUAGACUCAACAGAUGUUCAUGUCAAUGGAAAUCUUUGCGAUUGCCUCUUUAAAUGAAUACUAGCAGUAGACAUUUCAUGGGUUCUAGUGUGGUUGCUGAGAAUUAGAUGAGAACAUUGAUGAUGCUCAUAUCUGUCCUGUAAAUCAAGCAAGUAGUUGCUUAGCUUAGCUUAGCUUAGCUUAGCUUAGCUUAGCUUAGCUUAGCUUAGCUUAGCUUAGCUUAGGGGCUGGACAAAACGGGGUACAGGUAGGUGGUUGCUGGUCAAAAACAAGGAUACCCACCCAUCAUCAACUUCUAAAGUGCACUACUUACCACAUUAUCAUGUUUGUUUAAUCAUUACAGAAACUGGUACCAGUAAUCAGACUUUGUUGGAAAUCAGUGAGCAUCGAUCUUCUUACCUAGUUCUCAGCAGGAAGAUGAAGAGAUGUAUUUCCUGUUGCUUUAAACAACAGCCUUCUAACUGUCUCCCAAUGUUCCUAAUCCACAGACAGUAGACAGUUAAUAACAUGAUGCCCGUCAUGGUCCUGGUUUCAGUCCACAGGUCCUAGAGGAAAGGAAGCCAGAGCAAAUAAUGGCAUCCUGGGAUGAAGAUGCUGUUAGACAGCUGACUGACACCCUGACAUGUAUCUAGGCAGACAGGUAUAAAGUACCCUGGGGUGCGGUGUAGAUAGAUGGGUUUACAGAUGAGUGGCCCCAUGGGAUGUUGACAUAUGAAUGGUGUGUCUGCAGAUAGAUGAAUGGCAUCCGGAGGAAGAUAGGUAAAUACCACCCAGCGCAGCUACAAGAAGAAAAGAGCUCUGUGGGAUUUGGGAAGCCAGACAAACGAAUGUUGAAGAGAAAGCUAAAAUCCGAAACUCUCCGUGAUGCUUAACGCGUCACCUUUGCUUACAUCCUUCGCUAUACUCUUUGAAGAAAUGUUUCCCACAUCUCCACAGAAAUCCGUUUUCACUAGAAGCAUUCCCCGCCGUUAUCAGCGCUAGUAUUGGUUUGUUGUAUUUCUUCUUUUUUAUUUUUUGUAAUAAAUAUGGAUAGAUUGUGAGUCCAUAUCGCUUUGAUCAGAUUCACAGCUCACGGAGUGUUUCCUAAAGCAGCCCGACCCCCUGCUGGCGAAGUCCGUGGCAGACUUUCUGAGACGGCAACCAGAUUUAUCGUUGCUGAUAUAUUUACCUACAAUUUAAAUAUAGACACAUAUAUUUGAGCUGAGCUGUUCCAUGGUUACUGCAAACCAAGUGGACUGUGUAUAUUUCAAGCUGUGUUUUCUAAUGUAAAAUAUUUUUGUAGAAAAAUUAAAGAAUCCGAAAGACUUGA